CAGAACAGUCACGAUGUCGGUGAUCCGACUCUACGCAGUUGUGUCCCUUGCCUGUCUUCUCCUGGUCAUUGAAACAAGUGCACGACCAAGUGAACCCCGAGUGAACAACCAGAGACUAACACAGCAAGUUAGAGAGAAAAGAGAUGACGAAGUAUCUGCACUGCUAGAAAAGGCCCACCCCAAGCCAGCAGAAGAAAGGAAGUGUACGUCGAUAAACGAUCAAGUUAGAGAGAAAAGAGAUGAAGUGUUUGCACUGAUAGAAAAUGCCCACCCCAAGCCAGCAGAAGAAACAAACGCGGGAAAGUUAUCCACAUGCCUUAAUUAAAUAUUAAAUACUGCAUGGUUUGUGUGUCUCUGUCAAUAGUUGAGUACAGUAAAGUACGUUUAUAACGAACACGC